CUCAGUCGGAGGUGCGACUUAAGUUCUCGCGUGAGACCCGAGUCGCGAUCUGGAGGAGGCCCCGGACGGGUUCACAGAACCCCCACCGCUUGAUGUCAGACCGCGGCCGGAAAUCGAUCCCCGUGACGCACCCCGGUGGGUGCACCGACAACGACGCAAGAGGCACAACAGGGGAGGGGGGGCCGCUCUCUAUCCGCGCUGUUGCUUCACCCAGGCCGCCUGUGCUGCGUGCUGCGUGCGUGGGGAGGCUGCAGUCGCCGGCCCUCCCCGGCGUGUUUCCCCGUGAGCGAGCGAGCCUGCAGCCCCCCCCCACACACACACACAGGACGCCCCCCCCACGCCUCUGACGUUCACGCGCAGCUGGUGCCGAUAAUGGCCACGUGGGCAGGCAGCAGCAUCAGCAGCAGCAUCAGCAGCACGAGAGGAACAGGGCACCUUAGGUUUGUGCGUGUGCGUGCGGUGCAAUGAGGGGCUGCGGCGGACAGCGCUGUCACUGCAGCACAUCCACCGGCCCGCACACCGCAACAAGACGACAUCGGCAGGAGUUGUCAUUUGCCGCCCGACUGGCUGUCGCACGGCGGCGGUGCGGUGACGACGGACGGCCUGGUUGUGGGGACGGCUCGGGGCACCAUGGCGGUGGUGAUGAAGCCCAGCACGUUGGGCGAGCUGCAGCUGUUCCGCGUGCUGCAGCGUGCCAACCUUCUGUCGUACUACGAGCCCUUCGUGGCGCAGGGGGGCGACGACGUGGCGCAGCUGUGCGAGGCGAGCGAGGAGGAGUUCCUGGAGAUCAUGGCACUCGUGGGCAUGGCCAGCAAGCCCCUGCACGUGCGCCGCCUGCAGAAGGCGCUGCAGGAGUGGGUGAGCAACCCCGGGGGGUUCAGCCAACCGGUCACCAAGCUCCCGGCGGCGAGCAUCCCGCUCACGCGUGUUCCGGAGCUGUCGGCUUCUGCUGUGGCGCGCCCCAACCCGGCGAGCAACGCCCUCGAGGCGCAGGUGCGCUUGGCCCAGAGUCUCGUGUGCUGCUCCUCCAAGAUCGGCCGCCCUGGUGGCAUGGACGCCGCGACCGCCGGCUCCCACGCCGCGCCGCACGGCCCCUCCCUGGCUCACACGUCGGCACAGGCUCGCAUCCACCCGGCGCCCGUCCACCCGGCGCCCGUCCACCCGGCGCCCGUCCACCCGGCGCCCGUCCACCCGGCGCCCACGCACGGCCAGCACCAGGUGGCCAGGGCCGUGAUGCUGCCAAGCGCCCCGGCCGUCGAAAGGCCCUCGCCUCCCCUGGUGACCGCGCGCGAGCGGGAAGCGCAGCCCCCGGCGCCGCUGGCCGCGCAGCAGAGGCUCUCCCCGGCCGACUCGGGUUGCCGCUCGGCUGACGAAGGCCCCGGCUCGCCGCCAUCGUCGCCGCCACGGGACCUGGAGCCCGGCGCGUGCCUCGACGACGCCUCCGUUCAGAGCAUCGGGGAGUCGGCGCGGAGGCUGCUGAGCUCCGCGUCGACGCCCGCACCGCCGCGGCCGAGCCCCGAGGAGCUCAGGGAGCUGCUGCGCGGCAACCGCAAGCAGGGUCGCUCGCUGGCGCACAUCCUCGACCUGCACGAGAGCGACCGCCGCCGCAUGGACGAGAUCCGGAGGUACAGCGCCAUCUACGGCCGCUACGACUCCAAGCGGAAGGAUGGCCGGCAGCUCACCUUGCACGAGAUGACGGUGAACGAGGCGGCGGCCCAGCUGUGCGCGCGCGACCUGACCCUGCUGAUUCGGCGCGACGAGCUCUUCCCGCUCGCGCGCCAGGUGGUGCGCGAGUCCGGCUACCACUACAGCCGCAAGUACUCAAAAUCUAAGUACAUGGAGAGUGCGUUUUCGCUUGUGGCAAAGAGACCCCGACUGGAGGGGGGAGGACUCUUCAGCCGUGACGACACCCCUAACCCCCGCACGGUGCAGGCUGAGCUCGCCAAGCUCAAGAGACAGGAUCGCCUGUUUGAGAUUGAGGACCGACUGCGCACGUUACGACAGGGCCAGGACACCCUGCAGGAUCAGCUGGUGGAGGCCAAGAGCACGGGGGCUACUGCGUCCAUGACUCAGCUGCAGGUGCGGCUGGAACUGAUACAGGCCGAGCAGCACGCGCUGAGCCAGGAGCAGGCCGAGCUGCUGCGGCGACAGAGGCGCUCGGAUCGCUAUUUCUACAGCAAGCAGCAGCGCGGGGAGCAGGGCACCCCGGAGGAUGGUGCCGACGACUCUGACUCGAGUGGCGACGAUGCCGCAGAUGCAUGGGAGGAUGGCGCCUCGGACUCGAGUAUGGCCGGCGCGCCUGGGUCCGGGGAGCUUCCCGGGAACUACCGCCCGAGUCCGCUGGUGCGGCAGCAGCUGGUGCAGCGCAUGCUGAUGGACGAGGGGCUGCGCUUGGCCCGGCAGCACGCCAUACUCGCACCCGCGGACGUGCCGCACGUCAAGGCCGAGCCGGCCUGGUCUGAUGCAGAGGAUGGAGCAAACGAAGACAAAACAAGUGCAACUGAAUCCGUGAACCAGGAAGAGAGGGUCGAUGACAGUAGCCCCUCCAAUGACAGGGGAAAUGGGCAGGUUGAACCUAAACUGGAGUCCUAAAGGGCAUUAUUUGGGUAUAACAAAUCUGCAGCUGUUGCGUUGAAAUCAGAUAAUAUUUUGUGGUCUUUUUAUUUUAUUUAUGAAACUAGAAAACUAUUUUUUAACCCCGACAUUGGUGGUGUUACACCAGAUGUGCUUGCUACAACGUGGGCGUAUGGACCUCACUCUUCAGCACGGCACAUCUCCCUAUUUAUUUGUGCGGCUCUCCUGCAAAUCGGUUGCGAUUGUUGUGUAUCACUUUCUUUUGGCAGUUAAACAUUAAAUGUGGUUUCUUAAUGCAAUUAAUAAAAAAAGCCUACGAUAACCCAUGCAACCAGGUAAUUGCAUCAGCGAAUGUUUCCAUCGCGUAACAGGCAUGCAAUCCUGUAUCUUCGCUGCUUUUAGUCCUGUACACUGUGUGGUAAGGCACUGGGGCCAGAGGUGGCAUGAGGACCUGUGUAUGGGGGGAAACAUAUUAGGUCUCUGCAUAAUACCACACUAUAUUUUACAAUAUAUACUAAGACAGACACCCCCAAUUUUAGCAUUUUCAGGCUUUUGGGGCAAAUUCUGUUUGCGAGCGCCAAUGAAGGUUGUAAUGGUGCAUAAACCAUCCCUGGCCGCCUUGGUCUCCCCAGUGCUGAUGUUCAUACACUGCACCAGAUGUUCAUGUUUAGGAGCUGAGUCUACUUAAGGGAGGCCCUGCUCCAGUUCAGAUAUAUGCCACUUGAUGUUGACUGGAAGUGGGAAUCUAACUCGGGCGGCCAGGUUCAAAGUGAAGUGCGCUGACCACUACGUCACUGAAUCCCCACAGUGCGUGUGUAAAUAUACACCCUACUUAUGCUCAAAUGCCUUCUUGCUUUCCAUAUUUGUGGAUUUGUAUGUAAAGGAAUCUCAACAUGCCAAAACAAAGGUACAGCGAUUCUACUUUUAAAUGUUUUAUUUAUUGUUGUCUGUGUUGAUGUGGAUCGUGCAGAGUGAAUGUAUUGUGCAACAUAGUGAAACGUACUCGGAUUGUAAAUGUUGUGGAUUUGCUCUCCAACACACCGGUGUGCUGUACUAGUAACGAAUUGGCAUGUUCUGUUCAUGUGACAAACCUUAUUAAUUGGCUGUGUCGGAUGGUGGCGGGUUUAAUGACACGUUUAUAUUUACGCGAUCUAACCCAAAAAAACCUGUAUUAUGGAUGCCCAUACUAUAUUAAAGUCUUAUAUAUGCACACAGUAGACAGUUGUGUAGUUAUUUGUGUAAACCAAUAACUCUUACGUUAUCUCAAAUACAAUGUAACAUUUUUAAUUUUACUAUUGUUCCAGGAGUGUUUUUUGUUGCUGUGUAAUGUUUAUACAUUGUAGCUAUUUGGGCUUGCGACGGCUUGGGAAGGCCUCAUCCAGCAGUGGAUUGAAUAUGGCUGCUAAUGAUAGUGUGUGCUUAGAAAUACUUGUGAUGGUAUUGAAAUUCAUGUGCUUGUGGUUUGUAAAAGCACAUGUGCAUUGAGAGUUGUGUUUAUUAUUACGUAAUUGUUUUUUUUAAUGUGUAUAUUCAGCAAUAAAGAAAAGUUAAUUGAUUUUUUUAA